CCCCUCUCCGACUUUUUUUCCUCCCCAAAUCUCGCGUGCUGCCUCCUGCUCCGCCGCGACCGUGCGCUUCCGAUCCGGCGGAAUCUGGCGGCGCGGUGAUCGAUCUGGUUCGUUUGGUGCGAUUCGUGGGCUGAGGGAUCGGUCGGCGCCGCGGGGAGCUGCGGAUCGAGCUCCGGGUCGCCGGAUUUGGCCGCGUGGGACGAGACAUAGGUGCUUGGGGUUUGUGACGCGGUUCUCGCCGGAGGGGGUGCGGCGAGGUCGCACAUGCGCGUGACGGUCACGCCCAAGGACGAGGAGAGGCUGGUCGGGUUGAUGGCGAAGGAGCGGCCGCGGUCGGCGGUGGUGGCGGCGGGCGGGGACCUUGUUACCGCCGGCAGCGGCGGCGGGGAGGGGUCGGAUGGGGAUUCGUCGGCGUCGCUGGAGGAGAUCAGCGCCGACGACUUCAAGGAGUCGUCUGCCGGUGGCGCCGCGUUGGGGGCCGGUGCAGCGGCGGCGGCGGCGGCGGCGCCGAUAUCUAGGGCUUGGAUGGGGCCGCCCGCGAUGGGGUACAUGUCGCGGAGCUACGCGCCGGCGUUCCACAGCUUCGCGUGGGCGCAGGCCGUGCAGAAGAAGCCGCUCGUGCCGCGCCCGGCCGCCGACGAGGACGAGGUGGAGCACGCCAUUGACGCCUCGGACGAGGAGAUGGAGGAGGGUGAGAUUGAGGAGGGCUCCGCUUCACCUCCGCACGCGCAGCCCGAUACCAUCGACUUGGACUCGGACGCGCCGGAGAAGUCGGAGUCGGUGGCUGCGGAGGGGAGUGGCAAUGCUGCCCCUGCCGCUGGAGCCGAGGAGGAGGAAGUGGACUUUGACCAGGUCGUGGGAAGUAUACUGGAGGAGCUCGAGAUGGUCUCCAUUGAGGAAGCUGAGAAGUCGUUUGAGGGCGCCUGCGCGCGUCUGCGCACUUGCUUUGAGAGUCUGAAGCCGCUGUUCCCGGAGAACGGGAGCCCGAUGCUCAUGCUCGAACCUCUCAUACAACAGGCGUUUGUCGGAAUUGACACCCUCACCACUGUGGCAAAAUCGUAUAAUUUGCCGAGGAGGGAGCAGAACAUGACCAUGCUCUUGAAGAUAUUGUUCCACAUAAAGAACCGAUAUUCAGACAUGCUGACACCUGACCAGCGAGAUGAGCUGGACACCCGUGUGAGGCAGUUAGUUUUUGAGGAAAAAAACAAUGUCGAUGACCCAAGUGCAAAUUGUAGCACGAAAGCAAUGAAUGUUUCGGCUCCAUCUGGGCAGGUUUCAUCUGGGAGACUACCAUUUGAAUCAGAAACAGCAAAUCCAUUUAGUGGCUCUAACUUGCCGAGGUUGGAAAUACCUGCAAAAAAGAUUAGUCCCUUGUUGGAUCUUCAUGCAGAUUAUGAUGAGAACAGCUUGCCUUCGCCCACCCGGGAUAAUGCACCAUCUUUUCCUGUGCCAAGGCCUGUUGGGUUUGGAGCAUUUCCAAUGGCACUUGAGAAACUAUCUUUCCCAGUAAGAGUUGAGCCUGCAAAGAAUUCCUUGUAUCCAUCCUUAAAUGAUCCUCUGAAGGCUGUUUCCUCUUACCAGCAGAAGUACGGGCAGAAUUCGGCCUUUCCAAGUGAUGAUCUACCAAGUCCAACUCCUUCUGGCGAUGAGGGUAAAUCUGCAGACAAAGGUGGUGACAUAUUUGGUGAGGUUUCCAGCUUCUCAAUUCCAAAGAAGACUACACUGCCAAGUACAAGUCAGAUGCCUGCUUCUCGACCUAGCACAGUUAGCAGCAGCAAUGAUAGUUAUACAGGUGGUCCACCUGGUUAUGCUAAACAAUUUGAACAGUCAGCUGCAGGACCAAAUCAUGGACUAAAGGGUGCAUCUAAAAGUAGGGACCCAAGGCUUAGGUUUUUGAACCGUGAUUCUGCUGGUACUGCAGAUACGAAUCGGCGUGCAAAUUUUGCAGAACCAAAGGAUGGGAACUUGGGUGGUUCAGUAUCAAUUAAUAACCGUAAACACAAGGCAGUUGAUGAACCUAAGGUGGAUGAAAACAUGUUAAAAAGGCUUAGGAGUGGUACUGGGAACCCAAGAGACAUGCUAGUGCCAACAGGGAAUCCUAAUCCUAAUCUUAGAACAGGUAAUCAGCUUAUUAACAACAUAAGUGCCACCACAAAUAGUAGCGGAACAACUACCAACAUUUUGCAGCCCCCUCAAACUACUGCUCCACAAAUUAGUGCAGCUCCUGCUGUUUCUUUGCCUGCUGUUUUAAAGGACAUAGCUGUUAACCCAGCAAUGAUCAUGCAUUGGAUUCAAAUGGAACAGCAGAAGAUGUCAGCAUCAGAACCUCAGCUGAAGGUAGCUGCUCCGGGUGUCAUGUCUAGUGGUAUGACCAGUAUUGUAACUGCAGCAAUGGUUUUACCGCCUGGCAAUGCUCCAAAGACCACCGAAGUUGCACAAAUUCCAUCUGUUAGGCCACAAGUUCCAGUGCAGACACCUCCUUUGAACCCACAAAACGAUGCUGCUGGAGUAAUACGAAUGAAGCCCCGUGAUCCCCGACGUAUCCUACAUAAUAACCAUGCACAGAAGAAUGAUACAGUGGGCUCGGAGCAAGUCAAAACUAAUGGAGCUACCCAGUCAGACUCUCAGAGCAGCAAAGAUCAUUUGACCAACCAUGAACAACAUCCAGAGCAACAUCAGACUAGUUCAUUGCCUUCUCAACCAGCUUUGCUGUCAAACAUUACACGACCAUUCACCAUUAACUCAAAACUUGUUGAUCCUGUCUCAAAUUCACAGUUAGCUGCUACAUCACUUAUGGCUCCUACACAGCAAACAUCAAGCAGCAAUAGGGCAGAUCCAAGACUAUCUGUUGGACAGAAUGGUCCAAAUGCCGAUGCAGCAACAAACGCUGCUCCUGCACCAGCACUUGAAGCUGUGCAGCCAGUUGAUCCAUGGGGUGAUGUUGACCAUCUCCUUGAUGGUUAUGAUGACCAGCAGAAGGCUCUCAUACAGAAGGAAAGGGCAAGACGGAUCAUGGAACAGCAGAAUUUGUUUUCAGCGCGGAAACUAUGCUUAGUCCUUGAUUUGGAUCACACACUCCUCAAUUCUGCAAAGUUUAUAGAAGUGGACCCUAUUCAUGAAGAGAUUUUGCGAAAGAAAGAGGAACAAGACAGGUCUUUGCCAGAACGUCAUCUGUAUCGGUUCCAGCAUAUGGGAAUGUGGACCAAGCUGAGACCAGGAAUAUGGAACUUCCUUGAGAAGGCGAGUAAGCUUUUUGAGUUGCAUUUGUACACAAUGGGGAAUAAGCUGUAUGCUACUGAGAUGGCCAAGGUUCUCGAUCCUACUAGGAAAUUAUUUGCAGGGCGAGUCAUCUCAAGAGGUGAUGACAGCGAUCCUUUAGACAGCGAUGAUCGAGUCAAAAGUAAAGAUCUUGAUGGGGUAUUGGGGAUGGAAUCUGCAGUAGUGAUCAUAGAUGACUCUAUAAGAGUCUGGCCUCACAACAAGCACAAUUUGAUAGUUGUAGAGAGAUACACUUAUUUCCCCUGCAGCAGACGUCAAUUUGGCCUUCCUGGACCAUCACUUCUCGAAAUUGAUCGAGAUGAGAGGCCAGAGGAUGGCACACUUGCUUCUUCACUGGCGGUUAUUGAGCGAAUUCACCAAAAAUUCUUCUCUCAUCCUAACCUAAGUGAGGCUGAUGUGCGGAGCAUACUAGCAUCUGAGCAGCAGAGCAUCCUUGCGGGCUGUCGUAUUGUCUUUAGCCGCAUUUUCCCGGUUGGAGAGGCCAACCCCCACUUGCAUCCUCUAUGGCAGACUGCAGAGCAGUUUGGUGCAGUGUGCACAAACCAGAUUGACGAUCGGGCUACUCAUGUUGUUGCCAACUCCCUUGGGACGGACAAGGUGAACUGGGCACUAUCCACAGGCAGAUUCGUGGUUCAUCCAGGAUGGGUGGAGGCUUCAGCGCUCUUGUACCGACGCGCCAACGAGCUUGACUUUGCAGUCAAAUAACACAUCCCUGAGCCCCAAUUCGCCAUCUAGGGUCCUGAGAUCCUUCACAGGAUGAGAUCCGGUCAUGAAAAAUUAACAUGAUAAACACCAAACAACAUUCUAAAACCGGACCAUAGUAAGAAUUACCUAAAGAAUCAGGCCUAAUCAUGAAAGAUAACGAAAAUGCUUAGUGAAAGCCUGAAAUACGAGAUGGCGGUGGAUGUUAUUAUCGGCUCAGAAGUGUUGUGCGUGAAAAGCGAAGAUGAGCAAACGCUCACCAUCCCCCCUUUUGUAACAUGUAAACGUGGUGCAUUUUUGGUAAGAAUCGUAGGUCCAGAUGUUGCCUCUGGCUGCAAGCCUGCUGCUGGCCACAGAAAUCAGGUCGGCAGCAGACGCUGGUCGCCCAUUUUCGAAGUGGCAUGCAGGACGGCAGCAAUCUUGGGAAUGAACGAGGCAGGCGUUUAUAUAGAGUGUGGUAUAUGUAUUUGUGUGGCUUGGCUGCAAAUCACAUGGAGGACGAAAAGGGUUCAAGAUAAAAGCCCCUUCGAAUCAAUGCGGCAGAGAAGAAUGCAGAUGGUUAACGAGGAAAAUGGAAACGCGUGAUCGAGUGUUGUUUAAAGUGACGAGUGAUAUAUUAGAGGUUCGUGAUGAAAACUAACGUGCAUCGGUUUCUGCAGAAGACCGAUUGGAUUCUUCCCUACUCGCGAGAAUUCUUUAUUCUUUUUUUGUGGAAUUACUGCAGAAUUUUGUGAAUUUUUUUCA